UGUGUCGUAAAUAAUAUAUGAAGUUAUUUUUUCGUAUGAAAUUAAGAUUGGUUCUUUAAAACGCAAAAAUUGAUUCAUAUGAUAAGAUAAAAAUUUGAUAUAAAAAUACAAAUUUAUACAUUAAGAGGACAUACUUAUAAUUGAUCUUUGUUGUGAAAUCGAGAGUAACCAAAUUCUGCUACCAUGAAGUUCACCAUCGUUUUCUGCUUACUGGCUUUAUCUGCAUUCGAAAUAAUCCAUGCAGAUGAACUGGAUUCAUUAUCUCUCCAAUCUCAGACGGACAUAGAUAACUACCUGGCACUAAGAAGGAAAGAAGUUGAGGAUUCAGCUGCUGCUGCACAAAUGAAGGAAAAAAAUACCGAGGAUUGUGAGAAUAAAUUUAAUAACCCGCUCAAUGUGGUUCUUAAGCAGGUUUAUAAUGAACUUCAGAGAUGUUAUGAUGAUUACCGUAAAACGGAUAAACCAGCAAAUCUUCAGUCGACGAAAGAGUGCAGUGCAAAAAUUAUUAAAAAAUUAAAAAGUAAAACGAAUAAGCUUGUGGAAGACGCCCAUACGUGCUUUGGUAAAUUAUAAUCUAUAACAGUCAGUACUGGCUGCGCUCGGAAAUGUUUUCUGCAGUUUUCUUUUCCCUUGGCCAUAUGUUCAAGCAAAUUGGAGGGCUUUUGAUCAAAAUCCGGCUGCAGGCGGUAAUACACAUGGCUUUUCUGC